UCCCCGGGGAUCCCAGCAAACGAAGGCCGGUCAGCGUCAGCCCUGCCAACACCGGAAGCCGGAAGCCAAAACAGCGGACCAGCAUUCGAGGCCUUCCCGGCGUUCCGCGCGGUCCGAGGGGAUCGUUUGGGUGAAACACCGUCCCCCGCGGUGACUUCCAGUGCGGGGAAAUGUCACUAAAACGGGCACUUCCGGGGUUUAUGUCAAACCGAAAGCCGGAAGUCUAACCCUCUCACAACUGUUCAGGUCCUUCCAAACGUUCCGCGCGCAGUUCGCGGGGUCCGUGGGGUUGGCGGGGUCGUCUCGUGAUACUCCAUACCUCUAAGAAAGACACCGAAGACGGGCUCUUCCGUGAUCUAACUCAAACCGGAAGCGGGAAGUAUAAAUGGCUUACCGGUGUUCGUGAUCUUCCACGCGGCUACCGAGCGGUCCGCGAGGUCCGUGGUGUCCGCUGGGGCGACACCUAGCCCCACCCGGACAUCAGCGCUUCUACCCCAGCCGGAUCGCGUGGCCAUCGUGACAGGCGGAACCGACGGUAUCGGUCUGAGUACGGCGAGGCAGCUGGCGGCUCUGCGCAUGCGCGUCGUCAUAGCGGGAAAUAACGUAGAGAAGGCGCCGGAAGUCAUCCGUAAAAUCCGAGAGGAGACAGGGAACAAUGACGUGCACUUCCUGUUUUUGGAUCUGGCCUCCCUGGCGUCCGUGAGGAAGUUUGCGAGGGACUUCGCAGCCCUGGGACUCCCGCUGCACGUGCUGGUGAACAAUGCAGGUGUGAUGCUGGAGCCACGCGGGGAGACCGUGGACGGGUUCGAGCGGCACUUGGGCGUGAACUUCCUCGGCCACUUCCUGCUCACGCACCUACUGCUGCCCCUACUGCGAGCUUCGGGAGAGCCGGGGCAGGCAACGCGCAUCGUCACUGUUGCCUCAGCCACACACUACGUGGGGGAGCUGGACAUGGAUGACCUGCAAGGACGCGCCGCCUACUCUGCCCACGCGGCCUACGCGCAGAGCAAGCUGGCGCUCGUGCUGUUCUCCCGGCGGCUGCAGCGGCUGCUGACGUCACUCGGCGACCCCGUGACCUCGAACGCGGCCGACCCCGGCGUGGUGAACACGGCACUGUACCGCCAUACCUGCCUGGGCAUGCGCGCCGCACGGAAGGCACUGGGAUGGCUGCUUCUUAAGAGCCCAGAAGAGGGCGCCUGGACUUCCGUGUUUGCUGCUGUUGCUCCAGAGCUGGAGGGGGUCGGGGGUCGCUACCUGCGCGACGGAGGCGUUGAGGCUGAACCGCUUGGGGUCACAGGCAACCUGGGACUGCAGCGACGCCUGUGGGCGGAGGGCUGCCGGUUGACGGGCAUAGCCUGGGGAGACCCCGAGCUGUGACAUCACAGAGCCAGCCUCACCAUAGUUAUCACAAUUAAACGGUUUCCUGCCUGGUGCAA